AUGAGAAGAACUCCUGGAGCUUUGCUCCGAAAAUUGUUGCCUUUGUUGCCUGGUGUUGCGAUUCUGUUAGUCUUGAAUUCAUUUUUUUACAGCAGUUCAGACAUAUCACAACUAGGUUUCUCCUCUGAGACAACCAACUCACGCCACAAUAUAUGUCAGGCACAAGGUUGGCGUCAAUAUCAAUCUGAAAGACCACGAAAGGUCUAUGAUCUAUUCAUGCUGAGCUCAGAGCUUGACUGGCUCGAAAUUCGUCUACACACUCUCGCAGACCAUGUCGAUUACUUUGUUAUAGUUGAAUCUAAUAUGACUUUCACUGGGCAUUCCAAACCUCUCCUAUUUCUCGAUAACCAGUCACGUUUUCCUCAAUUUUCUCCGAAGAUAAUUUAUCAUCUCCUUGAGAACCGGCCCUUAACCUCUCGAAGAACAUGGGACUAUGAAGAUCAUCAACGCAAUGCCAUGUUCACACAAGUGAUACCACGACUAAACGGCACCCAGACCGCGAACAUUGGAGAUGUCCUCCUCGUUUCGGACAUUGAUGAGAUCCCACGUCCCGAGACUCUUGACCUCCUACGAGCUUGUGAUUUUAAUAAGCGGCUCACGCUAAGCAGUCGCUUCUACUACUAUGGUUUCCAGUUCCUGCAUAAAGGUCCCGAGUGGCCUCAUCCUCAAGCAACAAUCUACGCCGGUCCCACAAAAACCAUUCUCCCAGCCGACCUGAGAAACGGAGAAGGUGGUUUCAGGCUCUUCAACUAUUUUCGAAAAAGAAAUCUGGCUAAUGCGUCUUGGCAUUGUUCGAGCUGCUUUUCAACGAUUGCGGAGACAUUGAAUAAAAUGGCAAGCUUUUCGCAUACAACUUUGAAUCGCGAGGUAUAUAGGAGUGAAGCCAGGAUAGUGGAUAGAGUCAGGAAGGGUCUGGAUUUAUGGGAUAGGAAGGGCGAGGAGUAUGAGAUAUUGAUGGAGAAUAGUGAUAUUCCAGGAUGGGUAGGUAAUAAUAGUGAAAGAUUCGGAUAUCUGUUGAGAAGAGAGGGUGAAAAUGCUGGGUUUGUGGACUAUGUGGCUAAUGUUAGUGAUGGAAUGACAAACUGA